CGUGGCCACCGGUCACCUUUUCGUGGGAGAGAAGGUGACAUUUGUCGUGUUUUCCCAUGGAGGUUUAAAAUCCCUGGUUUCCACGGUCUGCUCGCGGUUUCUACAGCUUCUCCACCCCUUACCUACCGCCGUUUGGGCAGCAGUCAGACAGUUGGUGUUCCUGAAUAGAGCAUUAUGAAGGACGAGACGAUCAACCUUGUGUUCCACGCCAAGACGAUGAAGGAAAACAACAUGGUGGAGGAGGAUGGCGGCUCAGACAGCAUCCCUGCCGCCGUGCAGGCCUUUCUCUGGAGACUGACCAGUCCCUUUGUACAGUCCAAGCUCACCAAACAAUAUGAGGGUUCUUGUGUGACACUGGAAAGAAUUCUUGUGGACAAGCGGUUGUCUGGUCUGCCGUGCAGUCUUCAGUCUGUCAUCAGCUCAGUUCCCAGCUGGUCUCUACUGAACGCAGCUCUGCCACAUGUCAUGCAAGGAUGUGCUGCACUUCUUGCCAACCGUAACUCUCUUGGCAGCAGCGAUCGUCUGAGAGUAGCGGAGACCAAACUGCUGCACACGCUCCACUGGAUCCUGCUGGACGCGCCCCACGAGUGGUACAGCGAUCACGAUGACGAGGAGUGUGAAAAUCUGGACACAAAACUCUUUCCUCUGGAAACGAUUCGAAACUUUGUUCACCUGUUUGCCCCUCUUGUGAAUUGCAUACGGGAAAAUGAUUUGACCUUCCGUCUGUCGAAGGGCAUCCGGAUCUGGAAGCCGAUGUGGGAACAUCGUCAGCCGGAGGUCUCUUGUUUCUGUGUCCUCAUCAAGCCCAAGUUCACGGCCAGUAUGGAGCAUGUCGCUGGAGAGUAUACAGCUGACACCGGGAACACGCAGGUGCAGGAUGUUUGUGAGGUUUGUCGUAAUUCUGUCCAGGAUUGUCAGUGCAGGGAAGACAAGAAGAAGAGCGGGAACAUUUCAUCUCCCUCAAAUGUCCUGGAUGUGCACUUUGACCAGUCAUGGCACAACGCUUGUAAAUCUAACCCAGAAAUCCCCUCCAGUGUUCAAAAACAAGAGGAGGAAAGUCACGAGCAAGAUAUUUCAUGUGCAACAUAUUUUGAUGUGGCUGUGCUGCAGUGCCUGUUCAAAAAGCACUGGGCAGAAGAUGGAGUGAACUGGGCGCUGCAGUAUGUUCUUCAGCGCCUGCGGUCUAUCCUGGAUGCCAAACUGUAUCAGGAGAAUCGGCGCCGGCGUAGCUGCUCCACUCCUGCAGGCCCCAUCCCGACCAUCCAGGUCACCCCCAGUGUCGGCGGACAGGGAACAGCAGCGGCUGGUAAGGACGGAAAGAAACAGCAGACAGGUCCAGCUCAGGAGCGAGACAACAGCCUCUGUGUUCCUGAAGACGUGAAAAGUUCUCCCCAGAUAUCCAGGAGGGAGGUUAACGGACCACAUGCCCAGCAGAAAGCAGGAAUGGAAGCAGUGGAAAACCUGGCCUCCAGACAGUCCAGAAGGUCGAGGAGGUACGGCACCACAACGUGUCCAUGGAAUCUACCUUUACCUAUAGAAGAAGAGUCUUCUGAGGACGGUUCACAGAAAAACAGUGUGUCGUCUGACUGUGGCCCUGCAGCAGUUCCGCUCGUGAUCAUAGAGGACUCAGAAAUGAUGACAGGUGGGGACACGGCUGCAAACCCAAGUGAGAAAAAACAGUUUGUACACCAAGUAGUGUCUGAUCCUUUUCUGUCAGGUAAAACCCACCAUGUGUCCUCAGCACGGAAGCAGAGUGAUGGGAACAUGGUCAGGAGCCAGGAGAAGGGCAGCCGACCACACAAAGGUCUGACCAGAUUCAGCAGCCUUCCUACCGGAGUAACUGACAGACGGGGAAGUCUAGCAGAAGAUUGCAACAAAACACCGCCCACGAGUCAGAUGUCCCAGUCCCAGUCUGCAGAGUUACUGGUGGUGAAGCAGGGAGUGCAGAAGUCCAAAAGUGCCGGCUCUCCCAGACAGAGCCCCAAAAUAACAAUCUCCCGCAGUGCCACAGACACAAAAAUCAACUACCACCACAUAGAGGAGGCAGAAGUGUGUGAAGUCCCUGGUGUUGCCUGCUACAUUGAAAAUGAUGGCAAGUUAAGCUACGAUGCCAUCGUACUCGCUAUUCACCAAGUCGUUAUGUCGGACUCAAACCUCCGCAUUAGUAGCAUUGUCCUGAACAUUGUUGACACAUUGUUUGACCUGGAGUUUAUAUCUCUCCAUCAACAUGAUGCUGAGACCAACAACAAGUCUACUGCACCAGACACUGAUGCUCAACCUAAGGCAAAACAGAAACCUGACAGUUAUGCCUAUGUACUGGACAUUGUGUUCCGAGUUAUCCAGUCCUUCUCCUGUCCUCAUGGAUGUAGCGAUGGACACAGAGGCUCUCCUGGAGACAUAGUGAGACAGCAGGCUCAGGACAGCUUCACCAGGUUAUUUCAGGGAAACAAGACUGCAUGUACCACACAUCUACAGAAGUGGAUCUCCAGUCAGCCAUUGGCCACCACUGUGGACUUCCUCCAUUCCUGGCUGGGGUUCUGCAGCAGUACACCACCCAGUCCCUUUAUACCGGAAAGGAGAGGAAGUUACUACGGACAGAAGAGUUUAUCCUGGACUACAGCUAGAGAAGACAUGGAGGGUACCAUCAUCGCACGGUGCUUCAAAACUCUGAUGAAACAAAUCCUGAAAGCUGAGACUGAGCUGUAUCAUAAACCUGGUGUAAUGAACUGUAGCCUGUUCUUUGAUGUCCAACAACUGAUGACAUACCUGAGGGAGUUCCAUGGCAGUACCUUCAGGAAGAUCCUGCUGACUGGGCUCGUGGAGGCCACAGUUAGGAAACCUGCAUCUGUCACAAGUCAGGCUGCCAGCUCUGGGGUUAUUGGAGCAAAAGAUUUUGGGGUAGGAAAAGGUGCUGGAAUGGACAAGACACGCAAGGGACAUGGCAGGCGCGACUUCUUCCGGAAAAGAUUUGUCAAGCGAAGCAGCAGCACAAGUGUUUCUAGUUCUGGUUCAGAACUGGAGGCUUUUGACAAUAACGGAGCGUCUGCACUGAAGACAUCAUCAGUCACUGACAAGAGACAGAUGAGUAUAACCAGCGUUGGCAGCAUCAGUGAAGAUGAUCCCUUAACUAGUACCAAGGGAAAGAGGAGAACAUUUGGACUCAAGAUCAGACUGGGAACAUGGAAGAAGUUCUCCCACCGUAGGCCACGAAAGCUGUCCCAUGAUGCGGAGGAUGCCAGUGAGAUGCAGACUUUCCUGCCACAACCAGCCAACAGAAGUGCUGAGAGAAGUGUGGAGUACCACCUUGACCACCGGAGGGUGGGUCUGCGAGCGCUGGCCAACAGUCAGCACCUGCUGGCCAGGAUCAGCCGCAGGAGGAGGGGACUCAUGGCUGAGGACAGGGAAGAGUCCACAGACCAGCCCAGCUCAGGGUCACAGAAUGAGCCCACAUCAAAAGGCAAGUCUUCUGUGUGGGACACGAGAGAGAAGGGAGUGAACGCUGACUCCACGCGGGAGGGCAUGCACCUCUUCAGGUUCCUCCUCAACUCCUGUCAGCCAGGAACUGUCCCCGACCCAGAACUGUUGGCAGCAAUGCUUUAUUUGGAGGCGCCGGUUGUUGCUCGAGCAGCCGUGCUGCUGGAAUGUGCACACUUUGUCCACCUGUGUAACCGUGGGGAGUGGCCGGGCUGGAUGCGCGUCAUGCGGACUAACCUCCGCCGCAGGACGACAAACCGCGAGGUGGGAGGGGGAACAGCGCUCGUGGACAUCCAGCAGAGCGCAGCACAACUGUUUUUUCAGUGGGGAGAGGCUGUAGGAUGGCGACUGAAGGAGAUCCUACACCAGGACAGCCAAAAGUCUGUGUGCAUGUUUGGAUCCUUUCAAGAGGAGGUGACCAGAACUCAGAUGAAGAAAGAUGACCUAGAGGAAGACUUCAUGGAUGAAGGAAUGUCUGGUUCUACUGGGGACCCUUGUCCAUAUGCACUAAAGAUGGCCGCCUGUCAGCUUCUAGCAGAGAUCACUACAUUCCUGAGGGAAACUGGACAGUACCUUCCCAAGGCCAGUCAGCACCACCAUCCCUUUGUUGACCACACCCAGUCCAACACUAGUGAGCUGGUCGUGGAUCAUGGUGGACCCAGACAGCGCUGGAGUAACCUGGUACGUCCCACUCAGGACGGCCCUCGCUCCAGCAUUGUCAAGGUCACCAUGGAUGUGCCUGCAGGACAAGAAAGAAAAAUCAGUUUCACAGGUGUGGAUGAUACUGAGUCAGUUCAUAGCAGCAGCACGACAUUGGCUAAAUGUCGUAAAUCCCAGACUCCCAGUGCUCGCCGCUCACUUCUCCGCCGUACGUAUCACAACACCAGCAUGCGGAGGAGGGGAGGGAUCCAUGCCAAGAGAACUGGUGAGCUGGCAGUCACAGCCCCACCCUUCCAGCGGAGGAGCAUGUCUGGUGAGUCUGAGGAGGACCACUCUGGCAGUGAGGGGUAUGACAUGGACAAAGAGGAAAGCCACGAGGAGGACUACAGCUGCAAUAACUUACCCUGGAUUGAUGUGAUUGUUCAAGUAGCCAACACGUCCAACUUCAUCUGUGAACACAAAGGCUUCUGUCACCCUGACUGUUACCACCGACAGCAGCGCAGCUGUCUGCGCCUCAUCAAGGCUGUCCACACGGUGUACGGAGCAGGGCUGGACAUUCACUAUCGAGACGACGAUGUGGAACAAGAACAGCUGUCCAGCUCCAUGGCCAGUGUGGGCAGAUCCAGCUGUGCUCAGGCUGUCCCUGUAGGGAUGACAGCUGGUCACAGGUAUCGCUGGCUGGAUCUAACACAAUCAGCUACAAACUCAGACAGUGGAAUGCUCAAGUUUCUGCAGACACAGGUACUGAAUCCCAGCCAGUGUGCACUAACUACUCUGGUGAAAGCUGCCACUGUUCUGGUGGAGGACACUUUCUGUGACAUCCUCCCUGUGGCAUGGGAACUACUCCUGGACAGUAACCAGCAUGUAGCCAAGUCAGCAGCAACUCUGAUGCUUUUGUCAUCUGUGAAGAUCCCUGAACAUGUGACAGAACUGUAUGUGAGAGAACUGCACCAUACAGACCCAACACAAAGGAUCAAUGCUAUCAAAAGGUGGCAGAUCCUGUGGAACAGCCGUUACCAUGUAUGGCCAAGUAUGGAGGAAGGUGCUUGCUUUAAGAUCCCACCACCUAACAUCGACUUCACCCAACCAUCCCCAACUAUCGGUCUGGGCGGCUGUACAGUGGCAGACCCCCCAUGGAUGGCACACUGUACCAUGUGGGAUGAGAACAUUGCUGAGGACGGACAGAAACGAAUGUUUGCUGCAGCUGCUACCAGCAGAACAGCCCAGCAGGAUGCACACCUGCAUCAGGUGCUGUUAGCAGAGGAACAGCACCUGCAGGUGGCACGUGGAGAGUGUCACAUCACAGCUGUGCCUGUCCUCCUCAAGGCAGGAUACGAGCAGACCCUGGUACAGCAUGACGGAGACGAUGAUGCAGUAGGGAAUGUAGAGGAGAGGUCAGACCACACGUCCCUGCACCAGACCCUGACACCUGCACAACCCGUCCUGCCGUCCGCCAUAUCUGCGAUAGCCGCCAUCUUGAUACGUCUGACUGAUGAUGAGGAGGUCAAUGAAGAAGGGUUGAAAGUUGGUGCUGUUGCCCGGAUGGUUUGCUGGUCCUGUCUGGUUGAUGAUCCUGCACUCUUCCUGAAACACUUCCUGGAGAAUCUUAAUGUCAGACCAAAACAGGAGGAGCUGGUAUGGCUGUUGAGAAGGCUGCUGAAUGCAGGAGAUCACCUACCACAGCACACAUCACACUAUCUCUUUAAUCAGCUGAUGGGACUGGUGAUGUACUAUGUCAGAUCUCCUGUGCGAGGGGAAGAUGAUGCCAUGGCCAUUACUCUGUCUGCUAUCUACCAGGUGGUUCCUUUUGUGGAGAGUCUGUAUCCCAAAGAUGUGAAACCAAUUCUGAGGAAAGAGCACUGUGAGCAUGCUGUCCUCCUUACUGCAAAUGUUCCAAGUACAAAGAAAGUGAUUGUACAUGGGACAGAUGAGUCGUGCAUCCCCACCCAGCUGCCUGUACUGGAGGAUACACAGUUCAAUAGUAUUCUACAGGACUGCCUGGAGUUUUUCAACAUCAGGCAAGAUCAGCAUGAUCAGCACUUUCUGGCAGACAAAAAGACAAAUCAACUGAGAAAUGACCAGUGGUACGUGCGGGACUACUACUUCUUCAAGCGACAGGUCGUACCACAGCUGAAGUUAGUUAAGAUGGACCCCAGACAAGCCUAUCAGAUAUACCAGAAACAGACUUUUACCUCCAAGCUGGCAGACUUGGGCAGGCUUCGCUUCAUGACAACUCUGCUGCAGAGUUCAUUUCCAGGACAGGUGCUGAGUCAUGUGAUGUUCUUACAGUCUGAGCUGAAGUCACUUCCAAGCUUCUCACGGAAGUCAUUAGAUGUUCCGUUCGCUCUCUUCAGUGGGAAACUUGGAAAAGACCUGUAUGACAUUGAUGCUCUUCACAAAAACAUCUGGACAAAGAUGCUGUCCGGUAUGUUCUUGAACAUGCCGUCAGAGUUUCCGUGGGAUGAGGACAUUUCUUUAUUCCUUUGUACCAUCACUGGGAUUUUCUCUCUUCAUUGUGAGGACAUGAACAUUUCCCGGCACUGCCUGGCAGCACUCAUCAACACAGCACAGCGCUUCAAGUCUGUAUUCACUACACAUGGAUACCAGUACAUCCUGUCAACUAUCUUACAGGUGUAUGCCAACAACCAGCACAAUGUAGUACUGUGUGAAGCUAUACAGCACAUCGCAGCGGAGAGGAUAAAGACUCUGGGAAGUACCCAUGCAUGUGAGCCCCCUGUCUAG